GGCAAUUACUGGACCCUGGACCCCAACUGCGAGAAGAUGUUCGACAACGGGAACUUCCGAAGGAAGAGGAAGAGGAGAGGAGAGGCCAACGCCGCCGCGUCCCCGAGAGCCAGGAGCCCGGGAGGGGUCCAAGCGCCGGCGCUGGAGGCCCCGGGCGCGGCGUCCCCGGACCCGCAGGCCUCGCCGUCCCCGCUGGCACCCGAGGCCGCCGCCUGCUUCUCCAGCUUCGCCUCGGCCAUGGGCGCCCUGACCGGCGGCCUUGGCACCUUCCCCAGGGGCCGUGCAGGUGACUUUUCUUUCGGGACGGUCACCGCCCACGGUCCUCAGACCCCUGGCCCCGUGUCCAGCUUCGCCCUUGGCCACCCGACGGCGGCCACCAGCUUCCGCGUCAGUCACCUCGUCUACAGCCGGGGAGGAACCGAAGUUUGA